CAUGGAUCAUGCCAAUCACACGUGGACGCCGAGUUUUCUUCUGGCCGGCUUCACCACCACUGGAACCCUGCAACCUCUGGCUUUCUUGGGGACCCUGUGCAUCUAUCUCCUCACCCUGGCAGGGAACUUGCUCGUCAUUGUCCUGGUUUGGGCAGACUCUGGGCUGUCCACACCCAUGUACUUCUUCAUCAGCGUCCUCUCCUUCUUGGAACUCUGGUAUGUCAGCACCACCGUGCCCAUGCUGCUGCAUACCUUACUCCAUGGGCGUUCACCCAUCUCCUCAGCUGCGUGCUUUGUCCAGCUCUAUGUCUUCCACUCCCUGGGCAUGACUGAGUGCUGCCUGUUGGGUGUCAUGGCACUGGACCGCUACCUUGCCAUCUGCCGUCCACUCCACUACCACUCACUCAUGAGCAGGCAGGUACAGUUGUGGCUAGCAGGGGCCAGUUGGGUGGCUGGCUUCUCAGCUGCCCUUGUGCCAGCCGGCCUCACGGCCACUCUCCCCUUCUGUCUAAGAGAGGUGGCUCAUUACUUUUGUGACCUGGCCCCACUAAUGCAGUUAUCAUGUGUGGACACUAGCUGGCAUGCUCAAGUCUACAUUGCAGUUAUUGGCAUUAUCAAUGCAUGCAAUCUUUCAUUCAUUUUAGGUCUGUAUGGGGGUAUCCUGAGAGUUGUGCUGAAGCUGCCCUCAGCUGCCAGCCGAGCCAAGGCCUUUUCCACUUGUUCCUCCCAUAUAACUGUAGUGGUGCUAUUCUUUGGCUCUGCCUUCAUUGUCUAUGUGGGGCCACCUGAGAGUCACCCCAAGGGCACGGACAAGCUUAUUGCUUUGGUGUAUACUUUUCUCACGCCGUUUCUCAACCCCAUUAUUUAUACUCUUCGUAAUAAGGAAGUGAGGGUGGCUGUCUUGAGGGUCACCCUUAGUAUUAGGUCUCUAUUGAAAGCACUCUGAUGAUCAAGUCAUAGGGUGGUCAUUUGGUAAGGGUAAGUUUUAGAUGAUUAGUCAAUGAACUAAUCAAGUAAUUUAUCAAAUAUUCUGCAUAUGCCCAUUUAAAUGGAUUCCGUUUUGGAUUGGGGCAAAUUGGAAAGUUUGUAGAGGUUGGAGAAAUAGGACUCUAAACCCAUACCUACCUAAUAUGAGUGAAAGAUCACAUAAG